GGUGGCUGAGCGCCCUGUGUCUGCGUCCGUCAAUAAACCUGUGGCCAUCCAAUCCGGACAAAUACAUCGCUCGCCAUUCAUCUCCUCAGCCUCCUCUCUUGCUGCCUCCCCACCGCCGCGUCUAACGCUCGCAUCACCCGCAAUUUUGCCAUGAACGGCACCCACACCGCCCGCCACGGCAGACCAGCCCAGGCGGGUGCCACCCCGCCUGCCCCCGCUGCAGCACCGCCGGCACCUCCGAAUCAUACGCAUACGCCCGCGAACAACCGCCAGGCGAACGGUGCCACAGCCAAUGGCGCACACCCACCCGCGCAGAGGGCCAAGAAGAAGGCCGCUGAGCAGCCAGUCGAUCCCUCACAAAUGUAUGAAACCCUGAAGAACCGCAUCGCAGCGCUGGAGGAGGAGGAGGUGCACGAGGAAGAGGAGGAGCGGAGGUUCGCUGAGGAGGCGCAGAACUCUGUGUCGGGCAUGGGCGAGAAUGCGAUCCAUGCAAAGUACAUUGAGCUGUUCGCGGAACUCAAGCGACUGGAACGAGAUCACGCGAAGGAGAAGCAGAAGUUGGCGAAAGACAAGGAUGCGGCCAAGAACCAGUUGACGAAGGCGAACACAACGAAGACGAAGAUGGAGAAUCUAGCACGCGAGUUGCAGAAGGAUAACAAAAGGCUACGGGAGGACAGCAAACGGUUAGCAACAUGUGUGGAGGAAGCUCAAGAAGAGAUCAUGCAAAUGAAGACCGACAUGGCGAAGCGCGCGGAGCGGGCGAAGAUCCAAGAGACCAAGUACCGCGAGACCCCCGACAUCGUCGUGCGCGUACACUGCAAGUACCGCGCAGAGCUCUACUUCAAGAUCUCGCGCAAGACGAAGCUCUCCCGACUCUUCAACGCGUGGACGGAGCGCAUGGAGUCCGGCAUCGUGAAGGGCAGCAAGACCGUCUCCGGCACGCAACCCCAGCCACCAAAUGGCACGGCACUCACGACAAGCUCGAUAAGCUCCAGUGGGUCGGCGGCGUCGAGGAGUUCGAUGCAGUUCAUCUUUACGCAUGCGGGCCGGAGUCUUGAGGCGGACCAGACACCGGAGGAGGCGGGUAUCGAGGACGGUGACAUGAUCUUGGCUGUCGAGAUCAUGGAUCUGACAGAGGGUCCAGGGACCGAGGAGCUGGACGAGCCGGAACCUCGGCGCCAGAAGCUGAAGAAAGAAUGGGUGGAGAACCCAACAGAAGCGAAGAAGACCGUGGAAGAUAUCUUCGACAACGUCGUCCGCGAACGUCUGAAGGAGGUUCUCCGACAAUACGAGCUGCGGGAGCGACACUUCGAAUGCGUGAUCCGCUCGAAGGAGCUCGAGGUCCUGCUCUCUCGAGCACGCGCCGCGGAACAAAAGCAGCUCGCGGAGGGCCAAAGUUCCAGAGCGGAUAAGCUUGAAGAACAGGUCAAACAGCUGCGCAAGGAGGUCGAGGACGUCACAGAGCAGCAGACGAUGCUCGUCAACAAACUCUUGGCUUGCUGUCAUGAGUCAAAUGAUGCGCGGAUACAACAGCUCUUUGGUUCCCUCCGAGAAGAGCUGGAAACACGGUGGAAGCCGGCAUUGAAUGGCACGGCAGAUCGCCCACCAGAUGGCGAAGCCAUCUAACACCAGGGGCGGCGGGCGUAGUAGAUGGGUUAGAGAGGACACUUGUUCCCUGUAUGUGCCUACUCGGCCCUUGCGUCUCCUGUACACCCGCUUUCCUAGGUGCAGAAAUUGGCUCGUUCGGAGAACUGCUCACGUCCGCAUCCCGGGUGCAAUGAUCUACCAGAGAACGGCUCAAACUCCAGCAGCAGACAUGAGUUUGUUGUGCAAUCAAUGUUGUUGAAGACGAUUAGUCCGGAAC